ACCCUAGCAACCCUGAGAAUGUGGGAGUGGAAAAGCCUCUGCAUUGUUUCCGCAGCACACCGACUAGGAAUACAUAGCUUCAACUAGCCGAUUUGAAUUGGUUCCUGUGGUUACGUGACCACAGGAGUGAAUUGCAUAGGCAUGCAUGCAAAGCAGCUCCCACUCCCACUCCUCAAGCAUUCCGCUUCCUCAUAAGGUUAAGGUGGUUUUGCUUCUGUGAGUCUGCAGAGUCAAGAUGUCUAAGGUUAGAGCCAGACACGCCAACUGCUCUGUUGUUGGUUGCAAAAACCAACACAAAUGUCUAUAUUCUGUCCCAGCACCGGAGGAUCAAAGAAAACAAUGGUUGCUUUUUAUCUUUAACAACAACGUGCCGUCUACAGUCAGUGCUCAUUUGUUUGUAUGUGCCAACCACUUUACCUCGGAGUGUUUCAACAACUGGGGUCAGUACAAAGCCGGGUAUGCUUCGACACUGACUCUCAUAAAAGGAUCUUCACCCACGGUUCGUGGCCCAGCAACAACAUGUAUGCCCUCGUCUGCACUGCUCUGCACCCUCCUCCCACCUCAAACAGAAUCCAGGCAGCCAAUCAGCGCAGCCGCUCAGCAGCAUCACGGCAUUCCCGACCAAUCAGAUCACUGCAUGGAUAAUGAGAAAAUAAUAUUUAUGACACCAGCGGAGCCCCCCGGAAUUGACAUCAAAACAGAGGACAGUGAUAAGGCAAUUUCAUCAGAGGAACCCACAGCAACCUAUGUGAAAACAGAGAGCAGCGACAUGCCCCUCAUAACCAAUGUGAAAACAGUGAGCAGCGACAUGACUUCAUCACAACAGUUCUCUGCAACCCAUGUAACAACACAGCAGGGCAACAUUACACUUCUAAUUUGCCCUAAACGUACAGUCAGUAUUGGCACGCAGUGUGUCUUCCCUGUUGCUGUCCAAUCUGCUGGCACACAGUUGUCCCAUGGUACACUGACGCAUGCCAGAGGCAAAGCCACUGUUGCAACGCAGUUCUCCCAAUUGAUGUUAUCCGUUGGCACACAGUGCUUCUACACUGCUUCUACAAAAUCUGCUAGCACACAGUUGUCCCAUGGUACAUUGACGCACGUCAGAAGCAAAGGUACACAGGUCAGUUUGUGCUGCAGUGUUUGUAAAGAGACCCCCCAAAAGGACAGAGGGCUUGUUCCAUCACCACCACCUGCACCUUUGCUGGAUGUUAGCCCACCAAAGAGAGCCCGCGUGGAAAUUGCGGCGGAGGAGGACGAUGAAGGAAACACUACUCAUAUUCCAGAGCCAUCUAAAAUUCGAGAUAUGGAGUCCACUUGUCAUUACAAUGAGCCAAAGUACAUCGUGUAUGAGAGCUGUUUGAGAGCGCUCUUUCAGACCUGUCCACUGUGCAAGCAGGACUGUGAGGUGCAGCAGCAGAGACUGGGGACUUAUGUGUCCUUUAGUCAGCUCUGCCCAAAGUGCCUGUAUAGACGAAAAUGGCAGAACCAGCCAAUCAGAGGCAGCACACCUGUAGGAAACCUCCAGAUGUCUGCAGCUGUGUAUUUCACAGGUGGAUCCUUUGCACGGGUUAAAAAGGUCUGUAAAGCCAUGAAUCUUCAGAUAUUCCAGAGAGACACCUUUAAGAGACAUGUGAGGAUGUUUCUGGAGCCUGCAAUCAUCCAUAAGUGGAAAGAGGAUCAGCAGACACUGAUUCAGGAUCUUCAACUGAAGAGCAAAAUCACAGUGGGUGGAUUUAUGAGGGCAGACUCGCCAGGACAAUCUGCCAAAUUCAGCAGCUGCAGCCUCAUUAACCUGGAGAAAAAACACAUUAUUGAUGUUCAGCUAACACAGAGCACUGAAGUUGGUCAAAGCUCAAAUAUAGAAACAGAGGCACUCAGAAGAGGACUGGAUCUGCUAGACUCAAACCAUCUGAAUGUGGAUUCCAUUGUAACUGACUGCAUUGACCAGGUGGAGGAAUACGUAAAGGAGCGAAAUAUCACCCAAUACUAUGAUGUCUGUCACUUUGAGAAGGGUUUGUCAGAAAAAUUGAGAAAUUUAGCCAAGAAAAGGAAAUUUAAAGAGGUGCUCUUGUGGUUGCCUGUUAUCAAAAAGCACAUUUACUGGACAGCCAGAUCUUCAAAGUCUGGACCAGAGAAAGUUGCAAAAUGGAAGUCCCUUGUCAAUUGCCUUCAAAACAUCCACAAACACGACGAUCCACUUUUCCCAGAGUGUGCUCAUCCACACAAGGUCGCCACAGACACAAAGAAAUGGCUUCAACCAGGAUCAAAUACCCUGCACAGAGUGGAGAAAAUCCUGAUGAGUGAACGGGUUCUUCGUAAUGUGGAAAACCUCAGUCAUGAUUACCAGACGUCCUCCCUGGAGGACUUCCACAGUGAUGUGCUAAGCUUUGCACCAAAGAAGGAAGACUUUCCUUUUAUUGAAAGGCUUUGUAGACUCUACCUUGCUGCCAUGCACUUCAAUGAGAAUGUAGAAAGAAAAGAAGCAGCCACUGCAGAGGAACAAGCUGUCAACAGGAAAAUGUUCCUAAAGUCCAAGAGGAGAAAACCUGAGCCAAAGCGUCACAAGAGAGAGCCAACAUGCAAUUAUGUGAGGGACUUGAUGACGCUGCUUUUUGAGGAAGUUCUCAAGGACCCUAGUACAUACACAGAGGAACUCAAACAAAUCCCCAUCCCAGAGGACUUGCAUACACUGUUGGGAAGACCCUCAUAAGAGGAAGCCAUCACCUGGCAUACGUCGCUUCAUAUGAUGGGGCAGCCGAACCUCAAGAUGAUUGGCAGCGGUAAACUAACUAAACUAAACAUGUGUGAAGACAAGAUGGUAUUACAAGCCUGAUGUCUCUGCCAAGGAAUCCAAAACAUAGACUACCAAAAACUUCAGCACAAGAGGUACAAGUACCGCCUGAGAGAGGGCAGAACAUCUCAUGCUCUGCACAACUCUGAAAUCUGCAGAGAGAGGCAGCAGAUGGGAGCAAGUGACAGGAUACAGAAUUUAACUUGAUGUGUGAUGCUAAGCUGAAAAGAGCAGGAGGGAAAAAACAUAACCAUGGUCUCAGAAACCACUUUGCAAAUUGUGAAGUUAUGGCUGCUGAUUCAAAAUCCAAGUGACAGAAAUGUGAACUGAACACAUUAAUUAAUGGUCAAGCAAAAACAGCCUGCUUAUUAUACACAACAAACGGAACACUGAACUGGUCUUGUGCAGGAAUAUUUAUGAUGACCUUUCAGUCCUCAUUCCGCUCUCCUCGACUUUUCAGAUGACACCUUCAAACAAACGAGGCGAAUGUCACGAUUUUUAACACUGUUCCAAUUAUCGCCACCGCUUAUGGUUCAAGUUUCUUGGUAGAGACAAGCGACUUAGAGAUGCACUCAGCAGCUCUGGAUUGAAGGACAGGAUCUUGCUUCCCUUUUUCCUAUCAGGGAUAGUUGAGGGCCAGUUGAUCCCCAGGCUGCUUUCACAUCUGAGCCGGGAAACUAACAUUUCCCAACUCAAGAGACCAGCAUGAGACAGAAAGUUACAGUUUUACCACAGUGUCAUGAGACAGAGGUGAAAUGUGUCGGACUCCUUCCUGCUGAUGGGUUUGCUAUGUGUUAUCACUUUUUCUGUUCAGAAUGAAUCACUGUUAUGAGGCUUUGUCCAAUCAGAAUCCAAUAUUUCACACAGCCAGGUAACCAAAUUAAUCUAACUUAUUCUUGUUCAUCUUAAGACAAUUUUUUAUUUUACUGUACACCUUCUCUCAUAAUUGGUGUAACAUGUUUUGAAAAUACAACUUCACUGCAUAUUAUACCAAGACAAUAAAACUGAUUAAAAAACAA